GGAAGUCGAGGUGUUUGCUCCCAGUUUGGUGUAGUUAUCUGAUCCAGUCUUGCCCACUACAGCGAUUUACCAAUUCCUGUACAAAACACUCAAUUGAUUGAGAACUAUUUAUAUAAGCUCUUUGAUAGCGAGUGUAUUUAAAUGAGACAUGUAUACACGCGUGGUGGGGUAUAUAGGCUUAAACGAGAGGGCAAGUAUAUUGUUACUAAGUACUUACAUAACACAUAAAAAGAUAGUUUGACGUUGUUGAGUGCAGGUUUUGAUUAAGCUGCGAUUUGGAUUCAUUCACUCACAUCAUCAUCAGCAGCAGAAUUCAUCGGCAUUGCAAAACUUAUAGAUUUCGCAUCGACAGUCUGUAAAGUGAUUGUCAAACACGGACGAUAACAAAACAAUUCAUACAGGACAAGAUGGACUUACAGAUCCAAGAUCCCUUACUCUGCGACUCCCUUGCGUUGAUCAGUUCAAUCCGCGACCUAAGUUCACGAGCGUUCGAGCUUUUAGGAGAGCUAUCCCACGCAUCACAAGCUGCGGCCGCCGCACUUCCGUCGCCGGAAGCUGAUGUUCAUGAUGAGCAGGGAGAGAAUGAGGAAGUCAAGAAAGAGGUGAAAGAGGAGGAAGGACAAGAGACACAGAUGGAAGUCGACGCUUCUAUGACACCACCACCACCAGCAGACCCGCACACGCACGCGCUCGAAUGUGAAUUCGCAUCGCUGUAUAAACCCCUGCUUGCGAAAACGAUCCGCACCAGACAAGUGAGCAGAGCGCAUUUGCUCGCGCUGCAGAACGCAAAGGGCAAGAUCGCGCAGCGGCGCGAGGAGGUCGAUCGGUUGCAGCUGGAGUUGCAGAACUCGUAUUAUCGGCAGCGGUAUUUGAAGAAGGAGAUUGAGCUCUGCAUGGACUUUCGAUCGUCGCAUUUGGACAUUGACUUUGUGCCGAUCGAGGAGUUUCUCACAGACCAUCCGGAGUACACAAUGUCUUCCGACUCCAGCACCGCAGCGCAAUCCGACAUUGAAAUGGAAGACAGCACGCCCGAAACCCCCGCCGCCACGGAGGAUCCCCCAACUACAACCACCACACCAUCUCCCCCGACCGCCACCGCUCCACGCGCGCUAUCCGAGCACGAGCUGAUUAUCGCCAGACUAGAAGACGAACGCGCGCGUCGACUACUGCUGGAAGAGCGGAAGAAAGCGCUGAUAGCGCGGAAAUCCGACCUGACAAAGGAAAACUCGAAGCGGAAGAAUGAUUUGGAGAAUUUGGAUGCCCAGCUGAGCAGGUUUAUCGAGAGCGCUACUCCGAUCCAAAAGGUCCUGGAAAAGUAAUAUUCGAGAUAAUUAGAGAAUAUGGAAAUAUCAGACAGUAAAAGCUUUAAACUCUAAAUGCGAGGCGAUGACGCAGGCAAAUAAAGUUUAGAGUAGACACAUAUGUGGCCUCUCGUCGCGUCUU